AUGAAAAAAUUUAUUAAUUCUGCAACAGGUGAGGAUCGUUGCAUGUUAAAAGGAGAUGAAAUUCCUAAGCAUUUGCAGGAAAUUUUGACAGAUAAAAAGUUUUUGCUUGUCAUGGAUGAUGUCCGGAAUGAGAAGCCCCAGAAAUGGAUGGAUCUAAGAAAAUUAUUGCUAAAUGGUGUCAAUGGAAGCAAAAUUAUUGUGAGCACACGAAGUAAUAGAGUCGUAGAAAUAAUGAGCACUGGUCCCUUCCAUUUUCUGCAAGGUCUUUCCAUUGAGGAAUCUGUGUUAUUAUUUAAGAAGUAUGCGUUCAAAGAUGGAGAAGGGAAAGAUUUUCCAAGGCUCAUUGAAAUUGGGAAGGAAAUUGUGAGAAAAUGUAAAGGAGUUCCGUUGGCUGUGAGAUCUUUAGGGAGCUUACUUUAUGCAAACACAUACGAAUGUGACACAGAGUUAUGUGGUCAAGAAUUUCUAAAACUUAUAGUUGACAACUCAAGGAGUGUUCGAAGCAUUGUCUUUCCAGCAGCAAAGAAAUAUGGAGAUGAAUCUAUUGUUGGGUCAUUUAUUGGAAAAGAUAUAUCCAAAUUCAAAUACCUCCGACUUCUACACUUGUGUGAUAUACUUUUCGAAGUGUUGCUAGAUUCUAUCGGUACAUUGAGACAUUUGAGGUACAUUGAUCUUGCUCGGAAUUAUUCAUUGAAGAAGCUCCCUAAAUCUAUUUGCGAGCUUCAGAACUUGCAAAUGUUAAGACUUGGUGCUUGUUCUAGGCUUAAGAAGUUGCCUAAUAACAUGCGAAAGAUGAUUUGCCUUAGGCACUUGGAAAUAACCACACAAGAAGAGGUUCUUCCAGAAAAUGGAAUUGGAUGUUUGAGUUCCCUUGAAUAUUUGUACUUUUUUGCAUGCUCCAAUCUAGUAAGUUUGUGUGAAGGGAUGCAUGGUCUUAAAAGUCUCCGAAUGUUGCAUCUACGAAACACUUCUGUGAGAUCAUUACCAGAUACCAUCAAAUACCUAACAAAAUUAGAGAUCUUAUUGAUUUCGUAUUCCUCCAAGAUUAAUUUGAAGAUGGAUUUGCAAGCAGAAGAUCGUGGUUUGAGGCUGAGUCUUAAAACAUUCAUUAUUUAUUAUUCAACAUCACUGGUGGAUUUGCCCCAGCUUCUUCUUCAAGCAUCUGCUGACACUCUGAAGACCAUACAUAUUGGACACUGUGGAAACUUAGAAGCACUACCGGAGUGGUUCCAAUAUCUCACAUCACUUGAGACUCUUGAUAUUACAAAUUGCCCCAGAUUGUCAUCUCUUCCACAAGGGAUAGAACGCCUUACUUCCCUCAAGCUAUUGAAGAUUGAAAACUGUCCUGUUCUAGUCGAAAGCUGCAGAAAUGAUGAGUCGAAGAUUGCUCAUAUUCCACUGGUUCAAUAUCUUUAA